UUCGGUCCUUUGCACAAAGAGCUAUCUCUCUGCUACUCCAUUUCCUUCUGCUGCUUUCUUCAUAGGGUGGAUGGUUGGGCAAAAUAAACGUCAAAUUUUCAAUUAAUCCUAAAAGAUGAAAGCAGAAGCUCUUGAGACUUUGUGAAGAAAAAAAGACGACUAAGAAAAAGGGGAAUCGGAAGCUCCCACCUUAAAUCGCUACUCUUCCCACUCCAGAGAAGAAAAAAACAACAGAGGGAUGGCAGGUUCUUCGAAUUUCACUGUUAACAGCAGCAGCCCAGCUAUUAAACUCGACUUACGAACCCAGUUCAGAUCUCCACUGGGCUCCUUUGCUCUUCUGUAGAUCUCCCUUCGUUCUACUACUUUUACUGUAUUGAAGGGCUUCUUUUUAAUUUGUGGGUUUCCUCCAUGGAGGCCGCGAAACUUGCAGCUGAUGCUGAUACCUGAAGAACCAUCACUUUUGGAUUUAUUAGCUGUUAUCAAUUGAUACUGAUACCCGAGCUAAGUUUCUGAGAUGGGUAGCUCUGCCUCCGAUGAACUCCACAACAGCAACGCAAAAGCCAUUGAUGCGUCGGUGGGCGGUUUAGUUUGGGUUCGCAGGAGGAACGGGUCGUGGUGGCCUGGUCGGAUUAUGAGUAUGGACGAGAUUGCGGAGGGUAAUUUGGUUUCGCCAAGAUCGGGCACUCCAGUCAAGCUUCUUGGCCGGGAUGAUGCUAGUGUGGAUUGGUAUAAUCUUGAAAAAUCCAAAAGGGUGAAGGCAUUUAGAGGUGGAGAAUAUGAUGAAUGCAUCGAAAGAGCUAGGGUAGCAGCAGCAAAUGGCAAUAGAAAAGCAGUCAAAUAUGCUCGUAGGGAAGAUGCUAUUCUCCAUGCUCUUGAGAUUGAGAAUGCUCGACUGGAAAGGGAUCAACUUGAGGUAGCUUCUGCAUCAAAUAAUCUAGAGCCAGCCAGAGAAUCAACAAGCAUGUCUCUUUCUGGCAAAGUAGACGAGAACGUCAUUGAUGAAGCUAGUGAUGCCAAUGAUUCUGGUCUGGGUCCAGGCCAGGGUUCAGAUGUAGAUUCAGCACCAGAAUUAUCUCAAUCUGGAAUAUCUUUUGAAGAGCCGAAUCAUGUUGUUGAUGCAUCUAAAGUGCCAGCUGGCUUAGCUAAGAGGAGAAGGACGCCGAACGAUUCUGAGGAUGAUGGGACAGCAGGAACAAAACGUAUGAGAGGACUUGAGGACCUUGGCAUGGGAAUGUCAGAUUCUAAGGCUGAUAAUGGCAGUCCUGUAAAUGCUGGCACCACAGUUUACAGUCCAUCCUUGAAAAGAAAGAGAUCACAAGUGGCAAACGUCCAUGAGUUCUUGAAAAGGAGAAAUCGUCGCAGGCCUUUGACUAAAGUUCUUGAGAGUACGGUCAUGGUGUCUGUUCCAGUUAGCUGUGACCAAGUUCCCAGCACAAGUGUUUCACCUAUUGAAGGGUUGUCGGACGGCAAGAUCUCUUGUUUGGAAUCUAAUGAAUCUAAAAAAGGUCCAUGGGUGGGUAAUAAUAACAACUCCGAUAGCACUGGGGUUUCAUGCGACAAUGGCGCCGUCUCCCUGAGUCCUCCUGAACACGCUGCUUGUAAUGGUUCCCUCACCGCGAAGGUGGUGAAAGAGAAUGAUACAACUAUUGCAGAAGAGUUAACUUUGGAUGGCUCUUCAAAUCAGUUGUAUGAUGUACCAUUUGCAGGGGCUUGCUGAAUAUCAGAUGCCGACUUUCAGACGUGUCUUUCAACCCAAAGGCAUCUAGUCAGUGUACCAGUUGGGCAUUAUGGUCCAAGUUGUCUAGCAGGAGCCGUACCUUUGCAAAAUGAGUCUGGUCCCACACCUUCGGUAGCAGCGAAUAACAUCAGCAACCAGAAGAUGGAGCAAGGUACUUCAAAAUGGCAACUAAAAGGAAAGAGGAAUUCCCGACACACAAAGCAUGGAAAACAAGCUUCCUCCCGAAAAUACAUGGACUUGGAUGAUGAAACUCCUGCUUAUUACCCAGUAAUUAUGGACCACUCGGAAGGACUCGAUCAAACUUCCAGCAAUGCUUCUCUCGGUUUUGUGGCAAAAGACGAGCUCGAUGGGUUUCAGGAUUGGAACCGGUCUUAUGCUUUACUGCCUCAGAGAUCGCUUCCAUACCGUCAAUCACGAUUCAUGCUCAACUCCAGAUACGAAUCAGCUGACUUUCCUGUCAGUAAUGUCUUUGGCGAUGAGAAACUCUAUGACGUGAAGCUGGAAGUGAGAUCCAACUACCGGCCACAGCAUGUUCCGUUAGUUUCAUUGAUGAGCAAGUUCAAUGGCAAAGCCAUUAUAGGUCACCCUUUGAUGGUUGAGGUUUUGGGCGAAGGUGCUUGUGAUCUUAUGGUGGGAUCUACUACAACGGGAUCAGCUGUUACUCUAGCGACUCCAGCAGCCAUUGGUGGAGCUCUUGAAUUGGUUAGGAAAAACUCUGGGGGUAGUGGCGAGAGACCUGGUGGCAAGCGAAUGUCAAGAAAGAGGCGCUUUAAAAGGAAAUGCAGCAAGUUGAGGAAAUCCGGGUUGUUGUCUAAAAAGAUCAGGAAGCUUUCUUCACUCACAGGGAAGAAAGUGGAAGAGAGAGAAGCUGCCUUAGUGGAGAAGGCGAAAGGCGCUGCAAUAGCUUGUGUCCCACUCGAGUUAGUGUUCAGCCGCAUAAACGAGGCAGUGAAUGGUUCUACUUCAUGCCAAUCACAAUUCACAAGAUGCCUUAGUUGAGAAGCUACCUUCUUCGGGUGACUCAUGAUAUCAAUAGCAAUCACACCGCAAUUUGAGAGUGGUAUAGGAGAGCAUAAAUUACCAUUUCAUGUUAAUUCUCUGAUGUGUAGAUAUGUAAACAGUUGUUGAUUGAGAUAGAUGGUUGUGUAAAGCCGGGGAAGCAGCUGUAGGAACCAGGUAGUAGGCAGUUUGUAGCUGGUAGGGUGGUUUUAGGAUUUGACGGGAUUAGAAGAGGAUAAUAACUUUGGAUUUGGCUGGUGCUAACCAGUGGUGCCCAAAGCAAAAAAGAAUCGUUAAUUGUUUCAUUUCUUUUGAAGUAACAGGCCCUGCCCCAACUCCAUGGGAUGCAGUCAUGCAAGUUGCAAUUGCAGAUCUCGCAUCUUCCUUUUUCAGUGUCAUUUUAACAAAUGCUAUUCGAUGCACCCAGUGAAAGUGUUCCACCAA